AUGAACUACAAACAGAUAAUUGAGCAUAUUAUAGAAUUUUAUCCAAAUUUUCUCAAUAAUCCGGUUAUCAAUGAUAUUGAAGAGAUUGUACAUUUAAUAUCAAAUCCUUUAAAAAUUACAAACGAUAGGGCAAUAAUAGCGUUGAACGUUGAACAUAUAGCCCGUAAUGAGGUUCACAUUACUGACAAGGAAGCUAUAAGAAUGGCCACCACAUAUUUCUUAUCUCUAUUUCAACAUCGCCAAAAUCGUAAUCAAAGAAAUAUAUACAAAAACCUCGCAUAUAUGGUAAAUAGAUAUAAUGCCAUAAGAAACCGUUUCCAUUAUCAAAACAAUUUAUAUACCCGUCCUAUUCGUGUAUAUCAAGCUCGAAAUUAUAUUACUUAG